CCAAGCAAACCACAUCAUCCUCUCUCCCACUUCUAGCCAAAAUCACCAAAAAAUUCCCAGAGAAUUCUGUGGCCAAAGCUGCAGGGAAGAUGGUCCCAUCUCCAUGAAGCCAGAGAUGAAUAAAAAGGAAGAAGAGAUUAGUCUCUGUGGAGCGUCAGAGCUCAUUGUUUCUUUGAUCUCCUCUUCCGACUCCAUCCAAUUAUUCCCUAUCAAAUGGCAACUGAUCCGUAACAAGCUCGAGCAGCUGCGCUCUGGCCUAACCACCAUGGGUGAAGGCAAUCAUGUCAACACCAAUUCAGAGCUCAACAAACUGUUAGAAGCUAUAGCAUCGACUGCAAUCGGUGCCCAAGUGCUUGCCCACCGAUGCAGUGAUGAGUCCUAUAAUGGUGGGAAGCUCCUCCUAAGGAGUGAUCUUGACGUCAUCACUGCCAAGCUUGAGCUCCACAUCAAGCAGUUCAAUAACAUAUAUGCUUCUUGGAUUUUGAGGCAUCCCCGAGCCAUUAUCGUGUCAAGGCCAGACGCUGGCUCGAGCCGUGAGGACAUGAGGUUCUACGUGAAGGAUCUGUCCUCAAGACUGAAGAUUGGGGACUUGGAGAUGAGAACUCGAGCCUUAGCUGCCCUUAGUGAGAUCCUUCAAGAGGACGAGAAAUAUGUAAGAAUUUUAGUAGUUGAAAUGGUCGAUGGUGUUAGUCUCCUGGCGAGCCUACUUGAAGCUGGGGAUGAAAGCAUCAAAGAGGAGGCCUUGCAGGCUGUUUCAGUGAUUGCGGGGUUCGAGUCCUACCGUGGAGCUCUUGUAAUUGCUGGAGUUAUCGUGCCACUGAUCCAAAUUUUGGAGCAGGGAAGCGCAUUGGCUAAGGAGAGAGCAGCUCGAGCUCUGAAGAAACUGACACAGAAUUCAGAUAAUGCAUGGUCCGUCUCAGCUCAAGGAGGUGCUACCACACUGCUCAAGAUCUGCGGCGACGACGCCAGCAGCGGAGGAUUGAUCUGCUCAGCUUGUGGCAUACUGAAGAGCCUCAGUAGCGUGGAUGAGAUCAAGAGGUUUAUGGUGGAAGAAGGGGCAGUCUCUGUCUUUGUAAAGCUUUCGAGAUCGAAGGAGGAGGUGUUCCAAAUCUUAGCAAUAGAAUUCCUCACCACCAUUGCUUGUGAGGAUGAUUCCAUCAAAGAGAAGGUGGUAAGAGAAGGGGUGGUUGAAUCACUUGUUAAUGUUCUGAAUCCAAAUUCUCAUUAUUCUUCAAAGGCAAGAGAGGUUGCUCUCAGGGCUAUCGACGCAUUCUGUUUCUCAUCUCCAAGUUGCAUGAAUUCAUUGACUGCCACCGGGUUUCUCGACCGAAUUCUCUUCUUUCUGAGAAAUGGUGAGAUCUCCAUCCAGGAAUCAGCACUGAAGGUUGCAUCUCGUCUCUGUGGGUUAUCUGAAGAGACUAAAAAGGCAAUGGGCGAUGCCGGUUUUAUGACAGAGCUUGUAAAGCUACUCGAUGCUGGAUCUUUCGAGGUCCGGGAGUUGGCGGCGGAGGCAAUCUGUGGCAUGGUCUCGGUUCAGAGAAACAGAAGAAGAUUCAUACAACAAGAUCAAAACGUGAAUCGGAUUCUCCUAUUGCUCAAUCCCGAAGAGAAGUCAGUGACAAAGAAGUUCCUGCUCUCCGCACUCAUGUGCUUGAUGGAGAGCAGCAGUGGGCGGAAAAAGAUCAUGGCUUCUGAGUAUGUGAAGCAUCUAGAUAAGCUUGCAGAGGCUGAUGUAGCAGAUGCAAAGAAGGUCGUCAAGAAGCUCCACGGUAACAGAUUUCGGAGCUUACUGACCGGAAUUUGGAGCUUGUGAGUGACAUCAUUAGUAUUUCCUAACGAAUAUCUUUACUUAACCUAGGCUUUUACUUUUAAUAACCUAGGCUUUUACUUUACUACCAUCAUUGCUUUCUCUCUGUUCCAUUAUGAUGUGGAGCAGUUUUUCAUGUGAUUCUGUGCUUCAGAUGAUCUUCUUAGUCUCAAAAGUGUAAGGAAAUGUUCCAACAUGAGUAUGUAAAUUGUUCAUAGCGUACUAGAAAUUAGUGAAGAAUGUGAAAGAGAAAUAU